AUGGAUUUCGAAACAUCCACUCAAGACUUAGUUCUUCAAAGACAGCCAUCUAUUGUGGACGAUACAUUAAUGUCUUCCUUUAACAGCACUUUUACUCUACAAGAACAUUGUGCGGAGAUCAUACGCUACAAUAAUAAGGAAUUUUACGAGCAGGUAUGUAAUUACAGUUCACGUUUUCUCGAAAUUGCGUGUAGUAUUUACUGGCACCGCUCGGCUAAUGAUGCUUGAUAGGCAGGGUUUUCUUAAAAACUUGAUUAUACCACAAAAGCCAACACUUCGGUUUUAAAUUUCUCGCAUAGGCCUCUAAGAAUUUUAUCUACGGUAUUACUGAGUUUUAUAAUUGGUUUUAAUUAUAUUUAGUCAAAAUUUAAAAAGGAACCAUGUCUUUAUUUACUAAAACUGCUUUGUGCGAUUUUUGAUUUUGGUCCCUUUCGCGUUAAUAUUUUAACACAAACUGGCUAUUACUGAAAUUAUUAGCUUACGUAAAAAAAACUCUAGAAUGACUUAAUAUGAACUACCAUAGUUUCGAAAUUAACACUAUUUCUAUCAAUAUUCUGUUUCGCCCUUAGCAAAGGACGUGGUUUCCUGACAUCUUGAUUAAUUUCCAUCAACUUUAUUAAUCUAAAGUAAACAUCAUUAAGGAGCACCCUUCCUUACGCAGAAAGCAUUACAAUAAUUUUCACUCGUGCCAACCUCAUCAGUUAAAACUCAGUUUGGAACUCCGUAUUGUGAUUUUUGAUAGUCCAAUUCCUCGAUUGCACGUUUUACAUGUAAAUACUCCAAAUAUAAGCUUUAACUGACCCGGAAAAGGAAAAGGCAAUCUUCUGAUUUUUCUUUACAUUUACUUCAUGAUUGGAGGCUUUCUCGUCUUUUUGCGUAAGGUUGAUAUGAAAUAGUAAUGAGUAAAACAGUCAAUAUGCCUAUAAUCUGCUACAGUUUCAUUUUCACCGUGAAAAUUAGGUCUCUGCUCAAGUAGUCCUUUUACCUUUUUAAUCAGUUCAUAUAUAUGGUAAUUUAGCUUUCAUUUCUUGCGCAGUUAGAUAAUCACCUAAUAUUUGCUCGUGUGCAAAGUGUUUUUUCAUUUCUGCACAAUAACCCUAGGUGCGCUAUGUAAAUAAGUCAAGUUAGUAUAUGUAGUUAUUUUAAAAACAACAGACAUUCACAUACAUCACUCAACCGCAUAGCUAAGAGCAGGUGUUUAUGAAUCAAAGCAAAACGCUUAUUUGAUCGACCCUCGUGAAUUUUGAAAAUUAGGUCCCUCAAAAUAGAAUGUUUAAAAAAGGGGAAAUCACAAAAUAUUACGUUUGCAAAUCACAAAGCAAUAUCAUGAAUUACUCUGUAAACGCGAAAUUGUGCACAGAAGCGUACCAAGACAGGUUACCAAGACAGAGCUGGUAGGGAAAGUCAAGGGGCUUAGCUCACUCUCCGUCCCCCCCUCCCCCACCCCUCCUUCCACCGCCAAAAACACACACUUCUUUCUUUUUGUAUGACUUAUGACGCAAAUGACUUUUCAAAUGUCAACAGAACUGUGGUAUGAUAUCCUAAAACUCUGUCACAGUCUGCACCUGACUCGACUCAUUUCGCCAUCUGGAAAAUCGAUCUUUCUUUAUAAAUUAUUUCAGACGAGUUACAACCCUCCCCUCCGCCACUUCCAUAAGCGCUUAGUACUUCCCUAGAUCCCCACUCUUCUUUCUCUUCUUUUAAUUCUCAUUUUUCCCGUAUGAUUUGAUGAUUAGUUUGCAAUAACACUAUUAUCCGUGUAAAUUAUGCUACUUGCUGUUGCCGUUGUUUAUUGUUGCAAAGGUCAAAAAAGAAAUGGGAGAAAAAGGUAUCGAUAGGCAUCAAGCCAUGGACACAGUUCGCCUCCAAAGAUUGAUAGACGUUUGUGACACAAAGGAAAACACCGCGUUUUUUCUGCUACAGGAAUGGAAUUACGAGCCACAGGUGAGAACACCAUUCCAGUGAAAGGAAAAGCUGCGAUAAUUCCACGAGCGGAUCCGGCCAUACCGCUUUCCACCGUUUUACGGAAAUCGGUCAAAUUUUUCGUAAUAAAUAUAUUUUUAGUAAAAAACUUUAAAAUUUCCAAGUUGAUAUCUGGAAAAUGGUCUGAACAGUCAGUAAAUAUCCUGUCUGAAUGACUCAGAGACCCAGGAAAGGGGACUUUGGGGAGUUAAAAUUCCAACAAUUUCCCAGGGGAGUAUGCCCCCAGACCUCUCUAGAAGUAGUAAAUCGGUCAGUGUUUAUUCUAGAUCCGCGCCCGAAUUCGUAAAAUACUACUGGAAAAACUGAAAGUUCUUUUCUUUGAUUGACGUUAAGUUAUAUAAUUUAAGAGCAAAAAUGAUUUCAGUCGCAGCUAUUCACGGAUUUUGCUUACCCGUUUUGCUAACCCGUCUUCUGACCCACCUAAUUUUGAUCUGUUCGCUGAUCAAUACGAACGGAAAACAAAUCUGAUUGGACAUCGUCAAACAAGUAAAUGUUCCUACUGUAACUUAGGCACCAAAUCCCGUAAAUAUAAUUAAUGUCGUGCGUUUAAUGUACCGAUCGUCGUUAUGAGUCUCACUAGAAAUUGCCAUUUAUUAACUACUCAUUGAAACCAACUCUAUCCUAGAUUUGCAGAUUUCUGAAGCUUUUGUGUGACGAAGGUGUUAAUUUGGAGAAUGUUGAAGAUAUUCUUCACAACCGUCCAUUGCACAUAGCUGCCACAAAGAAUUUCGUCAAAGUUGCCCAGUUCUUGAUAAACAACUAUCCCGGCAUGCUCCUGACUACUAACGCCCAGGGUGAACUUCCGGUUGAGACUGCAAUCAAAACUGGCCAGGACGAUGUAGCUGCAGUACUUAUCAGGAGAAUGGAUCACAGAAGGUUAGGCUGGAUACAGGGAACCCAGGGACCUAGGAUCUCACAAAUAUGAGCAAGUGCACUUUAAUAUAUAAGACAAGAGAACUCAUUAUCUCUUGAUUAUCCCAGCAGGUUUACUAUCGUUAGCCGAAAAUCACUUUAAGGAUGAACCAUGUUUUAUUAAUAUUUGAUGAAAUUUUUCCCAAAUUUUGUUUCGUCUUUUACAAGCCGAGUUUUUUUAUUCGGUCAGUCAAAAAGAAUUUUGUACUAAAAUCAUCAAGAUUUACGGUAAUGAAUAUAUGUUAUACUUUACUAUUCUUUUCUUUUUUCUAGAGUUGUACGGUUGUUUAGAGCCAACCAGCAAAAGAAAGCCUCGCUUAGUUUGGUAAAAAUUACAGAGGAAUUCAAAAUGCAGGUGAAGACAGGAAAAGUAUAAAUUAAAGUACAGGCGUUGAAAUUCAUUCUUUAUAUCCGAAACCCUAGCCUGCGAAAUCCUGAGAAGUGACUUCAAACUCUUUCUCCUUUUUUCUCGCCCCCCUCCCCCACCCCCCCCCCCACCCCAUAUAAAGCGGACACAAAGAGCGGUCCUGACGACAACGAGGGACACACACCUUCUAUUCAAUCCCACACAUUAAUAUAAUAUACCGUGUGUCUCAAAUGUACAGAAAUAAUAUGCUACGAUUUUCUUCUCUUUCCACCUCCACGUCCCCGACCACUCCACCCAAAAAAAAAAACCGGAAAAAAGAAGUGAGCUUGCUCGAAGGGUAGAAAACCCGCUUUGUUCAACCGACAACACUAAACAACACUUAAGUUUCUUUAGAAAGUCUCUUGCAGACUUUGUUCUAAAUAAAUUGAAAUACCCAUGGUAGGAGACCAAUACAGGGAUGUAAUAUUAAGAAAUAUGAUAACAACUAACUAAUUCUGCCUCAAGUUACUUACAUUUCUCAUUUAACUGUUGACAGAAAACCAUUGUGGCCAUACUUGAUUGCCUUAUAUCUCCUCGCUGGCCCCACCCGCCAUGUCUAGCGAGUGACACUGUUCCGUGUCUUUCAUGGAGGAACUUACAGGACACACCCACUCACUUUCACGUGACCUAUGACAUCUUGGAAAGUGAUGUAAACGGAAGAUGCCCGGAUGAACCUGGAUAUGAAUACACACCUAGGUCUUGUUACUAUAAUUUGGCUAAAUAUUGCAACCGGACACUCAACAAGGUAACCGUACUAACUACCCUUGGGUGCAAGUCAUAGGUGUAAUGGGUGGAAAAAACUCAAUGGGUGCAUUGUUUUUGUUGUAUGAUCUGACUUUGAGUUUCCCAUUUCUAGUCCCCAAUCGUCUCCCUAACGCACACAACAGAGGCCCUGGCGGGGGGAGGGCUGCCGGCGUGCCACUAGGUAGAGCUGUAAGAGACUGGGAACCAAUCGGUCAUAUAACUACUCCAUGAAUUACUUCAUGGAAUUGUUUAGUGGUCCCUAGAAAGUUGGAUUAAAAUUUGAAAGCGCCAAAUCGACGCUUUCCGAAUUCAUUUGAUAGUGUUGAAAUAGAAGACAUCUGCACGCAGGCGAUGUUGUUUGCGGAAAACGUUCCAAAGUUAGUGAUAAUGAUUUGCUUCUAUUAAUCAAAGACUACAUUGUGCACCAGCGAGCGUACUUUUAAAGUAGCUUUUUUAACCGAGUCUUGGGAGAAUUCCCAUGACACAUGUACUGCCGACUUUAAUCGAAAACAGGCUCCUGUCAAAAAACAAAGACCCCACUACUGGUCAGUCUUUUAAAAGUACAUUUUUGGCAUUUUGUUUAUCUUGCAGGAAAUAUUAAACCACGCUGUCAUAAAAAUGCUGACAGCAAGGAAAUGGGAGAAGUAUGCUCUCUUCUGGUUCAGGUCUGGGAUUCUUUUUAGAUAAAUUUGUGCGGGGCGCCCCCCCCCCCCUACCCCCACCCCUUAGGUGGCGGGAACUCCCGUAUAACUGACUGUAUUGGGUAAGCUCGUCUGAAAAUUAGGAUUAAACCCCAAAAGGAUACCAGUCUAGACGUGGCUUAGGCUUUAUUGGACACCUAAAGGAGACCAUAAUUCAACACAGUAUGACCCAGUUUCCUUUUGUUUUAGGAGAUACUUCCGCACAACCCUAUGCGAUACCUUUGUUUGAGAAAAUGUUGAUGAUCGACCUUGAACACCCUAAGUGAGACCAAAUUCUGCUAUUUCUAUCCCUAAGGGACACGACGAGCAUCCCCUUCACUUUUAAAUGUCCCACCCCCCUAUCCUUUCCUAUCAUCGACUGUUGAUAUAUUGCCUUGGUCUGGCAUUGCCUAUGUCAAGCUCUCAGAUGGUAGGCCUAGGGAGGUCACGAAAGCAAGCCAAGCUAAAAUAAGACGGGCUUGAUCUGUGGUCGGAAGGAGUGGUGGCAGAAAAAAAAACUCGUUAGUUUUCACGAUCACUGCACAUUACUAUCUUGGAGCCUGGCACAGGCAAGCUUGCGAAUACGCCGAGACAGCUGUAUUCACAGGCUAGGAAGACUUACAAGAAGCACAAUGGGCCCUUUCCAGCUAAACAGUCACAUGGUACAAAAACACCUUGCUGGAAUGCAAACAGCGCAGUAAGGCCUUGAAACGAAAGUUUAACUAGAAACUCUUUUGUUUUUCCUACUUCACUGCGUAACUUCGCCGUUUUCCUCUUCGCUACUUUGUUUCGUCACUCUCCACCUCCCCUUCAUUGCUUGCUUUUAUCUGUAGGUUAGUCACUAAGUUACGUAUGUUCAUAAUUAUGUAUUAUCUUUCUUCAGAUUUCGAACAUUAAACUAUUUGGUUUUCCUUUUGGCUCUUGUCACAUCUUUUUUGCUGGCUGCAAGAUCAUCUGACCCGGAGGAUUAUAGGACGCCAAUUUUCGCUCUUGACACCUUCUGCAUUUUGAUGACGAUAUGGUUUUUAUGUGAUGAGAUUGCUGAGCUUAAAAGGUGCUAAUUUUUCAUAACAAACCACGUCUUUACUACUACAGUGGAACCUCGAUAUAUAUCGAGGUUCUUCUUCAUAUAUUUUACUGUUACUGGAGUAAAGAAAAAUCGUUCGUUAUACCGAGGACUUCGUUUUAUAGAGGUUCGUUAUAUCGAGGUUCCACAGUGUUAUAAAGUUUAAGAAAGUGGCACAGGGAGCCCAGGCGAUUCUGAUUGGAACAACAAAAAGAAUAUGCGUUUACCCGUUUUUUUUUUUGUGGGAUACAUUUUGAAUUUUAAAUACAAUCAAACCCCGUUAAUACGGAUACUGAGGGGGUCCAGGGGCCGUCAUAGAAAGUGUCCGUAUUAACGGGGUGUCCUUAUUAAGUGGGUUGAAUUUAGAGAAAAUGUUUCCCUCGGGGACAAAGCAAACUGUCCGCCAUAAUAGUGAUGAGAUGUCGUAUUAAGCAGGUGUCCGUAAAGCGGGGUUUGUACGCGAUCACAUGUUGCGAGGUCUGGAACAAAGGUUCGUUCUGGGAUCUCGUACGGCCGCAAGGCUAGAAAAUUCUUGGAAGAUCCGAGCACUCUUCACGUUAAUCCACUUCUCCUUGCGGCCAUUUUGAAAUUGAAAAUUCAAAAUUGCCGCCACUUAGAACAGAUUGAGCGUGUUUCGCAGAGUACACAUCGAUAAACUUGUUUGUUUGCAAUUGUUUCUUAAUACUGAUAAAGAUGUGAGGCCCCCUUGUGUAGUAAAAGGCUUUCGAACUCACUGUUAGUCCUGUCGAGUCAGUCUUUUACUUCUGGCCGUUCUAGCUAUUCUCUUGCGUACCCUCGGGAGAGAAGGUUCAAGGAUGCGCAUGCCCAAGAUUAACCAAUCACAGUUAAGACCUGUUACCUGAUCAUUUUAAUCUUAAGUGUCAGACGUCUUUUCACCCAUCCCCCUUCCCUCCGUCCUUGCCAUGCGCAUGCGUGAGGGGAGAGAGAGAGAGAGAGAGUAGAAUACGUAAGAGUACGUCAUAAGUAAGAUAAGGAACAUGUCCUACUAUUGUUUUAAGGUGCACCAGGAAUAACUUUCCAAAGCAGUUCCAGACAGGUACUUUAACUGAGUGCAUAUUUACAUUUAACAGGGAACCGAGCACCUACAUCCAAGAUGUCUUCAACUACCUGGAUCUAUCAGGAUAUGCGUUGAUUAUUUCUGUGUAUGUGUUCCGAUUUCUUGAAAGUGAACUACAGUGGGUCGCAGCUUCCUUAGCAACCUCCAUAAAUAUGAUUGGAGUGUUCAAGUAUUCCAUUGGAUCUCGGUGAGUACUACAAAUAAUUAUAUGUGUGCAUGCUGUAUGCUGACGUCCGAGCUUACUGUUCACAUGUUAAAACUUUUUCGCCCUUACACAAAGUCACCCAGUUACUUGAAAGGAGGGAAGUUAGGGAACUGAAGAGAGGGGACCGCGUCCGAGUUCAGAGAGAGUUAGUAAAAUUUAUCGCCUUGCCGUUCCUGUUCUCAAGUCAGCUCAAAAUUUGGUCAUUUCACGUUGCAGUUUUGCAGGGACUGCAAAGAAACAUACAAAAAGGGUGAUGAACGUGCAGAGUUGUUGUUUUGCUCAUUAAAGGUGAUGUUACACGGGACGAUUCGCAAGGACGAUUUUUAGCGCAACACAGCGCUGCAAUGUUGGGACAAUGUUGUACAUAUUCCAAACAAUGUCGCAACAAUGUUGCAUCGCUGUGUUGGGGCGCUAAAAAUCGUCGUGGCGAAUCGUCUCGUGUAACAUCAUCUUUAAACUUAUUGCUGUUUUGACGUUCCCGUUUCCGUCGCCGUCGUAGUGUCGUAAGGUCCCUAUUAUAAAGAGGGCGCGUCUGUUGCCCUCUCAUCCAUGACUCCUUCCUUCCUUCCUUAUCGAACUGAAAUGUGAAGUAAAAAGGGAAUUUCUUAUUGCUAGUUGUAGGGUAGGCUCAGUUUCUAGCAAUGGGUGUACGCCCACGAUUGUCUGAGCGUGAAACACCCGCGGCGGGAUCUUUAAAGAGCCUUAAUUACUUUAAGGUGAUUUGCGACCAAUUUUCAUUAGCUUGUCACACCACGAGGUCAUCCAUAUUUGUAAUUUCAAGUAUAAUAGGUUUCGACAUUUAUUGUAAAAAAAAGUAAGUUUUUGAGGAACGAGCGCAGAAAUUCCAUGCUGAUGACGCGUCACAACUAAGAUCUGGUUAGUGCAUCUGAUUGUAUGAAGCAAAUUUUCAACCAAUCAGAAGCACUACCAGGAUCUGGCUAGUGACGUCAUUUCGCUGGGAAACCAGUGGUGGCGUCGCAACAUACCGGCAGUUUUCUCAGGGGACUGGGAAACGAACCUAGAAUCACAUCACUGUCAAAGUCCAGAGAAGAUCUUCUCUAUGUACGCCAUCAGUCUGAGCGAGUUCUUAACCAGACAACCAAACAGAAGCUUUGAUAAUUUUAAUAUGCUAAUUAAAGAUGUUGACAACGGCGGAAUGCUGACGACUUUUAUUUUUCUUUAUCCAUUCGAACCCCCCUUUGCGACUACCUCCCAAAAGAGACCACCUGUCUUAAACAGCAAAAGUUUCCCAUUCAAAGCCUUACAGUUGGAACCUCUCGUAAACCAAUCCCUAUAUGCGAACGUGAUCACGUUUCGGGGCUGAUGGUUUAAUAAUUUCCCAUUGUCUUUAACCUCUUACAAGCAACCUCUUGUCGCAUCGUCUGAUAUCUAAGUUCUCUGUAUGUACUAUGUUACAUAGAAGUACACAUAUUGAAACUUAGAAAUUGCAUGCCAUGAAUUAUCUUCAAUAAAGUAGAUGUGUGAGGUUCCGCUUGCAUGGAGAAGAGAGAAUGCACUUUUAAGAUUGUGGGUUAGGGUAAAAUUCGGGAUUCUCGCCUUAUCUGAAAACCGAUACGACCAGUAGACCCGUCCCUGCCCACCCCCCUUACCCCUUCCCCACCCCAUGGUUUUAAAGCACCGCUUUAAUGGUAGUUCUUUGACGUUAUUUUUUGCAGGGACACUGGCAUGUAUAUAAAAAGUCUUGGAAAAAUCAUUUCUCAGGACAUUCCACGAUUUCUGUCUGUGUUUUGUAUAGUUUUGUUCACUUUUUCGGUCUCUUUCGUCUUGGCUAUCAGAGUACAUACGCACAAACCAUUGAAUUUUCAAGGCUUACUCCCAAACAAGUGAGUAGUACGUAAAAUAGGUUGACAGGUCUCUCGUAGUACGCUUAGUGUAAUGUUGUUGAAAUUGAAACUAGAGAGAGAAGCUUAAAUGAACACUGAACUAUGACUGCGUUGCACCACAAACACAAACAAAAAGCAUUCAUGUUUGACUGAUGAAAAAAACAUUGCCUCUGCCAUGUACCCUUAUUCCGUGACAUUGUUUUGCCGUUUUUUGAAAUUACAGACCAGGACUCAAGGUUUAAAAGAGAAUGUCACGAUUACUUUUCCUUUUUACCUGUGGUUCAGUUUCUUCAAAAACGAUAUCUUUUUUAAAUUUGAGCCUAUUACUUACCACAAGCAUAAUUAUUGCCUGAUUUAGUUCAGACAUUAUAUUCUUUCCAUGGCAUCGCAUGUUAGUUUGACGUCCUAUAUAAAGCAUGCUCAGGAGGGACAUUUCGUGCACCAGUAACUGACCUAAGAUGUGCUGUAUGCUAGCUGAGUUUAUGGAAUUUCUUCAUUUUAUAACUGUUUGACAACAACCUAUUUUACAGCACGCUCAGGAGCGACAGCUCGUGCAGUGGUAAAGUAGAGUGUGUUAUUUUAGCCGGAAUCAUGACAUGGCUACAAGGAUCGUCCGUUGUGAGCAACAUGUCCGAUGUAGGGUGAGUAAAUUUGGCUUAGAAUCCUCUGGGAAUUAUCCGAGGGCGCAGCUUUACACAAAAUGAAGUACAUUCAGGGGAUGGCAAAUGUUGUGAGAAUAUACACUUAAAUUUUCAAUUUAGGAAGCACAAAAAAAGACGAGGAGAUUGGGGCUACAAUGAUGGUCUUCGGCCUUAAAGGCUACGUUUACACCUUACCGGCUAAAAAUUUGACCGCACACUUAGUUCACAAGGAACUGUUCAAUAUUUUAGCUCCGUUCACACGGGACUGACGAACCAGGUUGAAUUUUAACUUUUGUCGGCAAAGGUUUUUUAUGGGCCCAUGCGCAGCGUGCUACUUAAGCAAAUCCAAAAUGACGUGUUACCUUUAUGUAGAUUCUUUUUGCUUGUAUAUACUUAUACUUGAAAUCGUAAAUUUUAGUUUCUUUUAUGUGUAGACUUUUUAUUUAUUUCUUGUAAUGUGUUCAAUGUAUUUUUAUGUGGUGUCAGCUCGAAGAUAUUAGCCCCUAGAUACUCCAAAAUUCGACUGAAAAUAAAGUUGAUGUUGUUGUUGUCGUUGUUCUCCCAGCUGAGUAACCACGUUUCUUAGACGGUUAUUGUGUUCACAUUUUGCUGGUUAAAUUUUCGACCGAAUUAACCGGCUAUAAAUUUGACUUUGGUUUUAGCGUUCGAGUUUUUGAACGGCUAGGCGUUCAAAUUUUCCUACAGUUAGCUUGGUUUCGUGUUUUGUGUGAAAGUAACACCCGAAACGCAUGAAUUUCCGACCGGGCGAAACUUCUUUCGCUACUGCAUAUGUGAACGUAACCAAAGGCUUGCUGAACACACUUGAAACCAUCACCUCCGGUGUUUCCAAAUACAAAGUUCUAACAGUUUUAUGAUCUUCUUUGCUUGUUAGGUGGCUUGGCGCUUUACUAAUCAUAGUCUAUAUGAUUAGUGUGUCUGUUAUUCUGUUAAACAUUCUGAUCGCACAGCUGUCGUUAACGUACGAGCUUGUUCAAGAAGAGUCCCUGCUGAGUUUCACCGCACUGAGGAUGCAAGCAGUGGCGAUCGUUGAGUGGCACAGCAGGUUCAAGUACUGGGUGAGGAAUAGCUUCUAAACCUUUCAGGACAAGUUCAAGCUGCAUUACCAAACAGCUGCUUCGGAUAUGCCAGAAAAUAUUUUCCAAUCAAGCCUGCAAAACAGGCGUUAUUUUUCGCCUUUUUCCAGGGCGAGCGAAGGCAAGCGCGACGAAAGCUAGGAGCACGAGACACCCGCAGAACGCGUCUUUCCGCGUCGCACGUGUCCUGCGCUCCACGCCCACUUCGUGUUUUGCUCACCCGAAAAACGCAGAAAAAUAGCGCCUUUUCUGAAGGCUAUUUCCAAUCUUGUUUUAAACUUCAACUACAAUGAUUUCGCCUAUGAAUGUAUCUCCUUCGUCUAUAAGAAUGCGCAGUCACCUGUUACACUGCAUAAUGGUGACGAAGACUGUAGGGAAUCAUACUAACUGACGCUGUAAACUCACCAUUUUCACAAAGACCAUAAUGCACCUUGUUUACCCCAGCCAUCAUUUGGCAGAACUUCUUGGAAAUACUGACUUAGUUAGCGAUGUGUUUGUUUCAGAAUCUCCGAAAGAAAUACUAUAUUCCUGGAGAAUUAAAGACCCGAGAGGAAGUGGAAGGUAAAGACAUCGGGUCUGUUAUUUAA